AUGAGCCGGGUGCUUUGGUCGCCCGUGUGGACGUUUCGGUGCGUGGGACCGAAACCCAGUGCGAGAACGAGAGCAACAACGCAUUCCUUGACUCGAGGUUUCACGACGACACCAACUUUGCUCCUAAGUACGACCGAAUUAUGGCAGUUGAACAAAUUCAAUCUCACAGUCGACUCUGACCGGCUGUGGGACACGAUCCAUUCUACUGCUCGGUGGACUGCUCCGAAGGCCAUUCCCAACGAUGAUAUCAGAACGGCAGGGCUGGCGCGGCUGACGCUCAGCGAGGAAGAUAAGCAGGCUCGAGAUUGGUUCGUGGAAACGACAAAGUCUCUGGGAUGUCAAGUACAUGUCGACCAGAUCGGAAACAUCUUCGCCAUCCGCCCUGGCCUGAAGUCCACGAAGGCGCCCGCCACGUUCGCGGGGAGCCACCUCGACUCUCAACCCAGCGGGGGUCGCUUCGACGGCGUCCUCGGCGUGUCCGCCGGUAUUGAGAUGCUGAGGACACUGAACGACAAUCACAUCGAGACCGAGGGUCCAGUAGGCGUAGUCAAUUGGACAAACGAAGAGGGCGCAAAGUAUCCGAUCAGCAUGAUGGGGAGCGGGGUUUGGGCAGGGCAGAUAUCGCUGGAGGAUGCGUGGCAGGUCAAGAGUGUCACGGCGGGCCCAUCGACCAGCGGUACUACUUCUCCUCCUACUGUGAAGGAGGAGCUCGAACAGAUUGGAUAUCUAGGAAGUGUCCCUGCACAUUUCGGGGAGGGCAUACCCAUUGGCGCCCAUUUCGAACUUCACAUCGAACAAGGGCCCAGGCUGGAGAAGGCGAAGCAAAAAAUCGGCGUCGUCCAAGGCGUGCAGGCCUACAAAUGGUUCACACUCACCGUCACUGGCCGUGAGGCGCACGCGGGCACCACGGAGAUGGCGAGCCGCGCGGACGCCAUGCACGCUGCGGCGCAGCUCAUGCUCAAAGUCCACCAGAUCGCGAAGCACGGGUGUUCGGACGGCAAGGGCCUAGCGACAUUUGGAAGAUUGUCAUGCAUGCCGGGGAGUGUGAAUACCAUAGCUGGCUACGUCGAGAUGAGUCUCGACAUGCGCCAUCCCACCGACGAAGGGCUGGCCGAGAUGGAGGAGAAUCUGUAUCGGGUCUGCAAGACCAUGAACACGAUACAAAAGAACGGCGAGCCCGGCGAGGACGCCACUUCCAACAGCGGCGGUCCCAGGGUGACUGUAAAGCAGGACUUUGCGAGUCAUGCCAUCAUGUUCGAUGAGCGAGCGAUCGACUGCGUCGAGCAGAGUGCGGCGAAUGUGCUUGCGGGAGAAGAAGCAAUGGGAGGACACGAGCAGAAAGUGCAGAAGAUGAUGAGCGGAGCCGGCCACGACAGUGUGCGCACAAACCUCCAUUGUCCUACUGCCAUGAUCUUUGUGCCGUCGAAGGGUGGCAUCAGCCAUAAUCCUGUCGAGUGGACCGAGAAGGAGGAUUGUGCCAUCGGAGCAAAUGUAUUGAUGCAAUCUGUGUUACGAAUGGACAAGUUCCGGAAUGAGAGGGGAGAUUUCUACGAGUAG